AUGGUAAACUUAUUUUCAACCCAAGGCGGUAAUGAAAAACCUCUUCCGAAUCUUCCUCCGUCGAAUACCAUUAACACAAACUCUUCUAGAAAGAAUGUAUUGUUGAUUCCCUAUUAUAACUUUAGUCGAUAUUUAGAAACAAAACAUCCGAGAGUUGCGAAAUAUAAAAAAUCAAUAUUGAUAACUAUUGGAUUAUUGAUACUGAUAACAAUCAUUGUCACCAUUAUAGUCACAACCGUCAGCGGACAUAAGAAAGGCGACAAUACAGAUGAAGGAGGAGGAAGUAUCGAUUUAAGUGGAGAAGGAGAUGGAACUUAUUAUGAUCCAGGCGUAGGCACCGGAUCAUGCGGAUGGAUGAAUUAUGACUCUGAAUUAGUUGCAGCUUUAAACGCACCGCAGUAUGGCACAUACGCAAAUCCAAAUAAUUCGCCUGUGUGUGGUAAAUUUGUAAAAGUUACGGGUCCUAAAGGAAGCGUUAAAUGUCCAGUCUGUAAGAAUGGUGAUUUGGAUAUGUCUUCAACAGCAUUUUCUCAAAUCGCAGAGAUAGAACAGGGAAGAGUAAAAGUUACAUGGAAAAUGAUUUCAUAA